UCUCUGCUCGCGGCAGUUGUGCGCGGACGUCAGAGCGAUCCAGGAGAGCGCUUGGCUCCUAAACAGAGGCAGGUACAUCAGAGAGAGGACUUGCUGCCGGGACAGCUGCCGCGCCUACAGGAUGCAACGGAGCACUUCGCCCGAGAACCCAGGCUCCGAGUCGGACGUGCCUGAUUCUUCUCUGCCCGCUUGGACACCCUCGAGCCUUUCGCCCUCCGCGCCCCCAUUACCCGCUCCCACUCCUGCCGUGGAAGGCGCUGCUGCCGCUGGGCCGGAAGAGUCGGAGUCCCGGGAGAAGUUUCGCGGAGGCGCGAAGCUGCCACGCUUCUCCGUCUGCCCUCAGCGUACUGCAGGGUCCGGGCUGGAGACGGUUUUUGUCGCCGCGGCUGCGGCUCUGAAGAUGGCUCUGCCCUCGGAGGAGAAAACAUCUCCGGCCGGAGCAGCUUCGGCUCUGAAGAUGACUCUGCCCUCGGAGAAGAAAACAUCUCCGAAAGGAGCGGCUUCGGCUACUGGUGGCCAGUUUCCAACCAGUGAAUAUGAGGCACUGAAGAGGGCAAUCAAACGACUUGAGAGGGUGCUGGACAGACUGUAUAAGAAGAAUGAAAUACUUCUCAGAAGGAAACAGCUGAUGGAGCUAGAAGCUUUUGCUUCGGAUGAAGAAGAGAAGGAAGAGAAGGAAGAAAAGGGAGAGAUGGGAGAGAAGGAGUCCCCACAGAAGGAGAAAUAAAGAAAACCGAAGAUUGGGAGAAUACUGCUGUCUAUGUAUUUCUACAUAUUUCAUUAGAUCAUUUAAAAAGAUUACAGGAAUAUAUGUAUUUGCUUUAAAUAAAGUUUCUGAGAACA